GGAUUCGUUGUGGUGGGUGGGGUAAUAGACGCAGCUUUUAAUGCGCAGAACUGCCGUGUCAAUCGCCGUGGCGGCUUUGCAGGCGGUCAUGAGAGCUUGAUAAAUUUAUGUUGUUUUGUUUUGUGUACGUGGGCCAGAAAUCGCAUCCGAUUUUCAUAUGGCUGGGGCAUGUUGUAAGGGCACGUCUUCCUUUUCGGCCUUCAAACGCACCCUGGUCGUCGCACCGAGGAGCUCGGCCGCUGUCCCCCGGUCGGGGCUGUACACGGGGCGUCUGUACGAAAGGGGAGCCUGGGAGAGGCGCUGGGCGAUCAGGACGACCGCCGCGCACCGACGCCCCGUAAUGCUAUGUUUUUCCUGUCAGGAAACCAUGACUGAGACCAUGCGGACAUGCUUCCUGUAUCUGAACCAGACCAGCCGCAGUUUUGCUGCGGUCAUACAGGCGCUGGACGGGGAGCUGCGCCAGGCUGUGUGCAUCUUCUACCUGGUGCUACGCGCCCUGGAUACAGUGGAGGACGACAUGAGCAUCUCGCUGGAGAAGAAGGUCCCUCUGCUGCAGGACUUCCACAGCUUUCUGUACCAGCCCGAGUGGCGUUUCACUGAGAGUCAGGAGAAGGAUCGUCAGGUGCUGGAGGACUUCCCCACGAUUUCUGUAGAGUUCCGGAACUUGGGCCAAGAGUACCGGGAUGUCAUUUCGGACAUCUGCCAUCGCAUGGGGGUUGGCAUGGCUGAGUUCCUGGAGAAGAAAGUGGGCUCCAUGAAGGAGUGGGACGAGUACUGUCACUAUGUGGCUGGCCUGGUUGGCAUUGGACUUUCCCGCCUAUUUUCUGCCUCCCGGCUGGAAGACCCAGAGAUUGGGAGGGACACUGAGCUGGCCAACUCCAUGGGUCUGUUUCUGCAGAAGACCAACAUCAUACGAGACUACCUGGAGGACCAGCAGGAGGGUCGAUCCUUCUGGCCCAAAGACGCUUGGAGUCAGUUCGCAGCCAAGCUAGAGGACCUAGCCCAGCCGCAGAACCUAAAUGCGGCCCUUUCCUGCCUCAAUCUGCUGGUGACUGACGCACUUCGCCACGUCCCUGACGUCAUCAGCUACCUGACUCGCCUCCGCAACCAGAGCGUCUUCAACUUCUGUGCCAUCCCUCAGGUGAUGGCGAUAGCGACACUUUCUGCGUGCUACAACAACCCUCAGGUGUUCCAGGGAGUGGUUAAGAUUCGUAAGGGCCAGGCUGUAACACUGAUGAUGCAGGCCUCCAACAUGGAUGCGGUGAAGGCCAUCAUCUCUCAGUACAGUCAGGAGAUACUACAGAAGGUGUCCCACACGGACCCUUCCCGAGACAAGACCCUGGUGAUCUUGGAGCUGAUACGAGGGAAGACGAUUACCCAGGAGACACUGCAGUCUCGGAGCCACCACCUCUCCCCCUUUUACCUCUCAGCUGCCAUGCUGUUAGCGGCCAUUAGCUGGCAGUAUCUGAGUGCCAUGUCGGGACAGAACCCCACUGCGACAGACAUGCAGGGACACUGAGAGGACCUCCCUGGGAACCGUGGAAAGACCCCCAGCAGGGCUGCUGCUACAUGGAAAGGCCUCUUGCAAACCUGCCAUAAUUCACGCUUGUUUCAUUAAUUGUCGCGUGUGAAAUAUGAUGAGGUUCUGGUUGCUGGUUUGAGAUUGGUAGGAGAGUAUGACAUUCUCUCAUUCCCUCUGCUGCCUUGCUCAGUGCAUGCCAGUCUUUUACCAAAGGGCAACCAGAAUAUUGAAUUUUGGGGGCUUUUUCUCUGUCCACAUCACCCCUCAUUCCAAAAUGGAUUCUUUGGUGAUUGUUUUCGACUUAAGAGAAUGAGAGUCCUUAGGUAAAUCUAUGGCAAAUUCUUGUGUGAAAUAUUUGCAGGAAAUGUAACGUAAUGAAGGUUGUCAUCUAGUCUUAACAGUAGUUGACGUACCUAAGUAUGAGGUUGAUUUAGAAUUAUCUUGGGAACUGUAUGUGAUUUAAGAUUUAUGCUAAAGGAAAACUUUAUGGGAUGUAUGACACUGUGUAUCUGAGAUAUCAGUAUUAGUGUAACACUGUCCUCAAUGAGGAUUCUUCAAGUGUCCUUGUGUGAGUGUGUGGUUUUGAAUGGUUCACUACUUAGCAGAGUUGUGUUUUUUUUCCCAUUUUGUACAAAGGUUAACUCUUUUUAACCAAUCAACCAAACCAUUCACUGUAAACAGACUUUUCUAGAUGGUCCCACAUUGUAAACCUUGAUAACUCAAAUCAGGCUAAACAGAUUUGAUGGAAAAAGACAAGGAAUUUGUUUUCCAACAUGAUGAAAGAUGAUUUUACAUGAAGAUAUGAAAUAUUCAAAAUGAUGGCCUGGUCUUCCAAUAGGGGUGUUACUGCAUUAUAUCCCGUGCCCCUCACACAUGAACUAAGCACUGAGAGACUUCGAUUCUCAGCAGUUAUUAAUGUCGUUUCCCUUCUAUUCAGGAUUUUUUUUCUUUGAAAAUCCUGUGAUAUUGCUAUAUAGAUUAAAUAAGGGUUUAUACUGGACUGGAUACACAAAUUGAAAAAUAUUCGAUUGUUUUAAACUGCAGCAGAUUUGAAUAAUGAUGUUUUUCUCAUGGAUGGCUGGAAUGCGCUUUUCAUAUGAAGUCGAAAUAACUGCAACAGUCGUUUUUGUCACACUGUAUCCUGACGAAGGUUCUUGUCUGACAGCCAUUAAACUCAUUGAAGCUGUU